AGGAGAUUUUCGCAAUGAUAAUAAUCAUGGUGAUAAUCAUCAAGGAGAUAAUGAUAUCAUGAAUAGAGGCAAUCGCAAUCAUUCUGAAAGUGGAAGAGGCGGAAGACGUGGUGGUGGUGUUGGUGGAGGAGUUUUUAGAGGAGGUCCACCAAAUCGAGGAGAUGAUCGUUUAACUAGAGCUGAUGCUCUAUGGAAUGAACGUUUAAUGCAAAUAAUGGGUCCAACUCAUGAACUUCCACAAACUGAUAACACUGAAAGAAAGUUCCUUAGCCAGUGUCGUCUUUAUAUAGGAAACUUGGUGGAUUGUACUGAAGAAGAAUUGAUUGAAAUGUUUAAACCUUAUGGAGAAGUUUCUGAAAAUUUUUUGAACAAAGAAAAAAUGUUUGCCUUUAUCAGAUUGGAUUAUCGCGCCAAUGCGGAAAAAGCCAAAAGAGAAUUAGAUGGUCAAACACGUAAAGGGCGUAUGUUAAAAAUAAGAUUUGCWCCCAUUGCUGCUGCUAUCAAAGUAAAAAACCUUACUCCAUUUGUGUCCAAUGAACUUUUAGAAUAUGCUUUUUCAAUUUUUGGUGAUAUUGAACGUUGCCAAGUGAUGGUAGAUGAAAGAGGUAAUUCAACUGGUGAAGGAAUCAUUGAAUUUUCACGCAAAAAUGCAGCAAGUAAUGCUUUGAAACGUUGUUCAGAAGGUUGUUUCUUUUUGACCAGUUCACUUCGCCCUUGUGUAGUUGAAACUUAUGAGUUUGUGGACAGUUCAGAUGGUCUCCCAGAUAAGUUGUUGCCCAAAAAAACAAUGGAUUUCCAGAAACAAAGAGAUGUUGGUCCGAGAUUUGCCAAUCCAAAUUCUUUUGAACAUGAAUUUGGUACUCGUUGGAAACAGUUAGCUGAGUUGUAUAAAUCUAAGGAAGAAGCAUUAAAACGUGAGAUGAAAUUAGAAGAAGAAAAAUUAGAGGCCCAAAUGGAAUAUGCUCGUUAUGAACAUGAGACUGAAAUGCUCCGAGAACAAUUGCGCCAACGAGAAAUGGAUAGAGAACGACAAAAAAUGGAAUGGGAAAUGAAGGAACGUCAAGCAGAGGAUCAAAGACUUAGGGAAGAAGAUAUUUUCAGGAGACAAAGCGAAGAUUUAAGUAUGAGAAUGCAUCAUCAAGAUGAAGAGAUGAGGAGGCGUCAACAAGAUAACUCAUCAUUCAUGCAG